GCAAAUUUUAAGUUCACUCCCGUUUUUUACACGUCCAUUUCUAUGGCGCAAGAGCACUUCUGCUUUGUGCUCUUCGAUCACAGACAACAGCGUAGCGCCAUGUCAGCCUCUCGCAGUCGCCAUCACUUGACCAUCGCCGAUAAGAACAGGCUGCGGCGUCACCACCAGCAACACCCCGAGCUGACGCAGGAGCAGCUACGUGAGUGGGCCUAUGCUGCGUUUGGCCAGUGGGUAGCUCGCUCGACUGUGGGCCACAUCGUGCGUGCACCCGAGGAAGUAUGCGCCAACCCAGAAGCCACGCGCUUCCAGAGCGGCCGCUAUCCGGACAUGGAACAGGAAUUGUACACUUUAAUCGUGGCGCGAGCGACGCAGUUAGGCGUAGACCUCAAGCAACUGGACAGCAGUGGAGGUAUACUGAGCGACUCGGAGCUCUGGACCAAAGCAAACGAGAUCCUCAAGCGCACGCGAGGCAGCCAAGAGAGCGUGUCGGUGGCCUGGGUGCAUCGCUUCAAGAAGCGACACGGACUGCAUCGGUCGCAGUUGAAACGUGCGGCUACAGAGGCCGCUACUAUGCAGACAGUUGCAGAGCAGACGAUUGCAGAGCAAAUGUCUGCACUGGACAACGGGAUCGCUACAGAUACAGAGACUUCGGAGCCGGCCAGGAAGAAAGCUGCAAAUGUCACGACUACUGCUACCACUAACCGCUCGCAUUUUGUGUCGUCGGACGACAUUUUGCUGCUGACACAGGUGCUGGUCAUCAAGCCGUGGACGUUCCCGUACGUGAUGGACGGAUGGCAGCAAGUGACGGAGAAAUUGCGAGCCGAGGAGUCUUUCCGACUGGAUAAAACAGCGGGCGCAUGUCAGGCGAGGUUGAAUCUGCUGUUGGGCCACUUAAAGGCUGGCAAUACGACGGCGUUGAGGAAAUCUGGCACAGAGGAGGAGUUCGACAGGAAGUGCGCGAUGAUCGCUGAAGUGGCGAAGCAAAUGGGAGAGUAUGAGAACGCACAGAAAGGGAACAACUUGCCAGUUGUAGUGGAGUCUGUGCCUUCCGCUCGACAAAAUCCUGUCGCUGUGAAUACUAUGCUGCCUGACCUUGCUAAAGAGAGAGAGCGGAUGGCUCAACGCCGCCUGGAGCUGAUGGAGCGCAAGAUGGAGCGUGAGUUGGCUGCGCAGAAGCGUCACUCGGAGGAGCAGGUAGCGCGGCUGGAGAAACUGCAUCAUGAACAACAGAAGGUUCAACAAGAGCAACAUGCACAACUACUCGCUACUAUUCAGCAGCAACAGGCAAUGAUGUUUGACCUCAUCAAGUCAUUGGCUCCAGUCCACAAUGAAAACCAAGAACAGGCUCAAACGUAGCUGUUCGGUUAAAAAUGGCUGUGAUCAUGUGUAUCCUUGGAAACUCUUUUGACAUGGACAGAAACUCUUUUUAGUAUGACGGCGUUAUGUUGCGUGUUCCUCGGACUUAAAGGCAGCUCCUAGCAGACGUGACAACUUGUGAUGUAAUAAACCUCGAAAUCUACCCUGUCAUCGAAAACAAAGCCAUGUUUUUGCCAAGCUCUGGAUUUUAACUUUAAAAUGAUUUAG